GCCCGGCUCCCGCGUGUGGGCAGCCAGGCCGGAGCCUCUGGGUCCCGCAAGCGGCCGGGAGCCGGGGCCCGCUCGCCCCCCCAGAGCCUGCCCAUGUUCAGCCGCUGGCUCCUCCCCGCCUCGCUGGGCCGCUGGGGCUGCUGCUGCCGCCGCCGCCGCCUGCUCGCGACGGCCGGGCGGGCUCGUCCGCUGGGCGGCGGCGGGCGUCCCUGCUGCGCGGCUCCCGGGCCUGGGCCGCGGCUGGGGGCCGCCGCUCCCCGCGGGCAGCCGUGGCGCUGGGCAAAUGAAUUGGGUCGACACUCAGCGACAGAGGCCUCUCAAGCCACCUUAGCCAGUGUAGUCCCUGUGUUUGCAGUGAUGAAAUUUGACAAGGAAGGAAAUAUUACCUCUUUUGAAAGAAAGAAAACAGAAUUGUACCAGGAACUGGGUCUUCAAGCACGAGAUCUAAGAUUUCAGCAUCUAAUGAGCAUUGCAACUAGAAACAACAGGAUCAUCAUUAGAAUGGAGUUUUUGAAGGCUGUGGUAACACCAGAGUUUCUUCUGAUACUAGAUUAUCGCAAUUUGAAUAUGGAGCACUGGCUGUUCCAAGAACUAGCAUCUCAGCUGUCUGGAGAAGGUCAGCUAGUUACAUAUGCCUUGCCCUUUGAAUUUAGAGCCAUAGAAGCAAUACUGCAAUAUUGGAUCAGCAAUCUGCAAGGGAGACUUAACAUUUUGCAAUCUCAGAUCAUUGAGACGCUGGAAGCGCUAGUGGACCCCAAACUACUGUCUGUGGAUAGAAGUAAACUACACAUUUUGCUACAAAAUGGCAAGAGUUUGUCAGAAUUAGAAACAGAUCUUAAAGUUUUCAAAGAAACAAUCCUGGAAAUCUUGGAUGAAGAGGAAUUAAUAGAAGAGCUCUGUCUAACUAAAUGGACGGAUCCACAAGUAUUUGAGAAGAGCAUGUCUGGAAUUGACCAUGCAGAGGAAAUGGAGCUGCUGCUGGAGAAUUAUUACAGACAAGCCGAAGAUCUCGCUAAUGAAGCACGUGAACUCAGAGUAUUGAUUGAUGAUUCCGAAAGUAUCAUCUUCAUCAACCUGGACAGCCACCGUAAUGUGAUGAUGAGACUGAACUUACAGCUGACCAUGGGGACUUUCUCUCUCUCUCUUUUUGGACUGAUUGGAGUAGCCUUUGGUAUGAACUUGGAAUCCUCCUUUGAAGAGGACAACAGAGCAUUUUGGCUGGUGACAGGGAUUAUGUUUUUGGGAAGCGGCCUUAUCUGGCGGCGUUUGCUUUCAUUCCUUGGACGGCAUCUAGAACCUUCACUACCUCCCCAAGUGCCCACGUUGCUGAAAAAAACUCAUCCAACAGCUGGAAGAAUUGAAAUAAAAAAUGACCUUAAAACAGAAGCCUUUACAUCAAGCAGAAGCACGCUGACAAAUCGAUAGAACAGGAGAAAGCAACUGGCUUUUUUUGUUACAUGGUGAACUGUACACAUACUUGCGCACCUGUUUUUCCUAUAGUAAAAAUUAAGAAUUUUUAAACGCCUAGAAUGUCAAUGUAUAUCUUAUGCACCAAAAUGUUUUUAAAGUUGAUAUUUAAUGGCACAAAAGUCAGUAAGUGCAGAGAGAAUAUUCCCAUAGGAUCCUUAAUUUUUUUUCUCAUGUGUUAAGAGGAUUUUGCUAGACUACAGCAUGACGCCCAGCUUGCAAUUUCAGGCUCUUACAGUUUGAGGUCUUGCAUUCAAGGAUUACUCAGGCCCAGCCUUCAUUAGUUAGGCAUUGACAGGAUUUCAGCCUAGGGCAGUAGUGCUAAAGAUAGAGGCUAAAAUUAAAAACAAAAACUAAUAUACUUGUCCUCAAUAGGAGCUGGUUUGAUUUUUGAAAAUCAGGUUAAUCAUUCAGGAGCUGAGAGCUGGAGUUAGGAGCCAAACUUUAGGCCUUUUUUUUUUUUAAAUAUAGGGUGGUUGUUUUUUCCUUUUUUGUUUUUCAAGGUCGCAUUCACGCUCUAGAGACUAGGAUCCCAGAAGCAGGAAUCAAACUCACAUUUCUUGCAGAGCACUAAGUCAGCACAGCCAGACCAACAAAUACAGAAAACUGCUUUGGUUCUGUUAAAUGAAAAACAAACAAGUUUUGAAUGUCCAGUGCUCACCUAUUCAAAGACUAAGCAGGCCCGAAUGGGCUUAGUUUUUAAAAUGAGAACAGCAGGGCCUUUCAGACUGGUAGCAGAUGCACAUUUCAAGUAUGCAACCACUGCCCUUUCAAUUACAACUGACUAGGUGUAUUUACACGUGUAGUAUAACAGAUCCGUAUUCGAUUAGUAAGAUCUUACCUUAGAGCCUGAUCCAACUCCCAUUUAAAAAAGAAAAGUCAGACUUUUUUCCUGACCUGACUCGUUUCCUUUCAUCUCCUUCUGAAGACAUAAAUGACCAGGAUCAUGAAGCAUACUGCAGCUGUCUUGCAGCUGAUUUCAUUACCACACGUGGUGGGUGAGAUUAGGGGCAAAUGUGGGGUGAAAUCUGUCUGCAGGUCAGGGGAAUGGGAGGUAGUAGCAAAGUUAUGUAACUAAGGGGUACAAAGAUCAAGUUUGACUAUCAAAAAAGUGCUGAUUUGAUUCCUGCGAUGGUGGAAGAGAGUUAAAUGCCUGCUACUUCCACCCACCUGCUAUUUGCCUCUCCUGAGGGCCUUACCCCACUGUGCAGAGUGACUGUAAAACCCUUCUAGAUCAGAAUGGGAACACUUACACCUGUGCCAGGUACAGUUAGAUAGUUCUUUAGCCAGCAACUUAAACAUUGUGUAAACCACUGCCCACCUGACAGGCUGAAAAAUUUAUUGUAGCAGCAAAAGCGUAAUUAAGUGCUCAGGUGAACAGAAAAUGGAAACUAAAGAGUUCAGAAAUUGUUAUACUUCUGCAAGCGUGUUGUCUUUCAAAGUAAAAUCCUGUGUGGCGUCUAAGGAUUAUCAACUAACUGAUUUAACUUUGUGCACCCUUAUACUUUCAAAGCAUAACAUCAUAUAGGAUAAUGCACUGUUCUUUCUCUAUAUUCUACUUUAAAGGUAGUAGGGGAUUGGGUGGCAGUUGAAAUCCCCAGUGGCUAAAUCAUUACCAGCUGCUGGUUGUUAAGUGACCUCUAGGAAGUGGUUUGGUCUUGAUCCAGCUCCUAGUGGGGAAACUGUUCACAAAAUACGAACACCCAUGAGGUUGAGGGCUAAUGUUGGCAUACCCAGAGAGGGGAAUGAGUGAAUGGGUAUGGAUACUGACGUUCUGACUCAGGAAAUGAUCCCUUCAGGUCAGGGUUUUGAAAUACAUUCACAAGGCUAUUGGGAAAGCUUGCAUUGUUGCUUCCCCAGCUGUAUUUUCUCUGCCGCUACAGGGCAUUAUUUUGACUCCUUUGAUCUGUACUGAAUUGACUUAUGUGCAUUAAAAGCAUUUAAAAUAAGACCACUAGUUCUUUUACAGGACUGCAUCCAUGUCAUGGGAGUUAUCCAAGUCCAGAAAACCACUGGAAGUUUAACACCUGUCCCAUUUACACUGCAAAAUGUAGGUGUGGUAACAGAAUUCUGAGCUCAGAACUAAGAAACCGAAGCCCAGGGUGGUUGACAAGGUUUUGAGUGAAAUUGCCACUGAACCAGACCUGUAAACCCCACUGUCAACUGAUAAUAGAGACUCUUAAAGUGUAGUUGACAAAUCUGCACUUCAUUUGUAAUACUCAGGACUCACAAAUAAAAUGCCAACUGGUUUUA